AUGGGCAAGACCUGGGACGUUAUUAUUGCUGGCGCUGGGCCGGUCGGUCUUUUCCUCGCCUGUGAACUGGCCAUAGCUGGCGUGUCGGUACUUGUACUGGAGCGAGAGAUGCAGCCAGAGUCGCCUUGGAAAGAGGGAUUGUUUGGGCGUCGCGGUCUCUAUACCCCGGCGGUCGAGGCAUUUUACCGCCGUGGCAUCUUGAAGAGAAUUUUCGGUGAUGAUGAGCGUCCGACGCAUUUGAAGAAGACUGAAGGCUUUCAAUAUGGAGGACACUUUGCGGGCUUGGUGCUUAAUGCAAACAACAUCGAGUUUUCACGCUGGCCAUAUCGCUUGCCAGGACCGUCCUUUCUUCCUGGUCCGACUUCUCUUGGACGUCUUGAGGCUGUGUUGUCGGAACGUGCAGAGACGCUGGGUGUCCAGAUCCUUAGAGGUAUGGAAGUCUCCCGGCUCGCUGAUGAAGGUGAAUCAGUCAAGGUAUGGGCGGGCGACCAGUGGUUUACGGCUCAAUGGCUUGUCGGAUGUGACGGUGGACGCAGCACAGUUCGGAAAACUGCUGGAUUCGAGUUUGUCGGGACCGAAGCAGAAUUCACUGGUUAUAUUGCGGUAUGUGAUCUCGACCGACCAGACUUAUUGAAGUCAGGUUUCAAGCACACAAACUCGGGGAUGUACAUAGUUAGCGGACCUGGACAGUUGCAUGUUAUCGAUUUUGAUAGGAGCUUUGAUCGGUCACAAACUAUCACGCGGGAACACUUCCAGGAAGUGCUACGGCGAGUGUCGGGCACAAACAUCGUUGUCGAAGCGCUUCACCUAGCCUCCUCCUUCACCGAUCGCUCGAAGCAAGCAACAGAAUAUCGUAGAGGACGCAUCCUUCUGGCUGGUGACAGUGCCCACACACACUCUCCACUGGGCGCGCAAGGAUUGAGUACAGGAAUUGGCGAUGCGAUGAAUCUCGGCUGGAAGCUUGCGGCUACCGUCAAGGGGUUUGCAUCUCCUGGUCUGCUAGACACCUACCACCAAGAGCGGCAUCCAGAGGCAGCUCGAGUGCUUGAGUGGACUCGCGCUCAGGUGGCGGCCUUACGCCCUGAUCCAUAUGGCCAGGCUAUUGCGAGUCUCAUGCGGGACAUGAUCAAUACCCAAGAUGGGGCGACUUAUCUCGCCGAUCGCAUCUGGGGACUUUCAGUGCGCUAUGGCCCGGGCGACGCGCAUCCACUUGUCGGUUCUAGCGCUCCGGAUUUUGAAUUCGAUGAUGGAAUGCGACUUGGAGCUAAGUUAGAGACAGGAUCCUUCUUGGUGAUUGACUUUGGGAGCAACAACCAGGUGGCAGAGCAUGUGCAGUCCUUGCAGUCUCUGCAGUUCAUGAUUCAAUACUGUGCAUGUAGCGCAAAGGAGGAAUUCGGGCUCAAGGGGUUACUCUUGCGACCUGAUGGUGUGGUCGCAUGGGUGUCGACGGAGGAGAUAAAUAUAAUACGACUGCAUGUUGCAUUGUCUCGUUGGAUAAGUCUCCCUAGUUUCGAGGCUUAA